ACAAUGAAACAAGGGGCACAAUGAAACAGUGGUUGUUUCCUCCAUAUUUGAAAUAACAGACUGGUGGCACUAGUGGUGGUUGGGAUCUGUACUACAACAUAGAACAUUGGAGCAAGUAGAAGAUGCUAUCAUGUAUUCUAUGGAUAGCAUGCGACUUUAGUUGUUUUGGUAGCUCAAAAGUAAAAAUUUUGUAUUUAUGUUAAUUUUAUUUUACAAAUAUUGUUUUGAAAACAUGUGUUUGUUGAAGAGACUGUUGGAAAGGGUGUAGAUCACUUUUUAAUCAACAUAACAUCAUGGUUCGAAACAGAGUGAGAAAAACGGAAAAGGGAAACUUUUCCGAAGGUAACAUGUGUGAAGCUGUUGCGUUAGUUCAAAAUGGUUUCAGCUUGCGCAAAGCUGCGACUGCCAAAGGACUAAAAUAUGCAACACUUUGUCGGUAUGUGAAGAAGAAAAAAUUAGCUGGCCCAGAGGUAAGCAUUAGGAUGUGCCCACAUUAUGACUGUAGAAAGGUUUUUACCAAAGAGCAAGAAGAUGAUUUAGCGAAAUAUUUGUUGAAAUGUUCCAAGAUGUAUUAUGGCUUGACAACAAAAGACUGUAGACAUUUAGCUUAUGAAAUGGCAAAUGUAAAUGGAAUAACCUGUCCAAAGAAUUGGGAAGAGAAGCAUUUGGCAGGCAUAGACUGGUUUUCAAAUUUUAUGAAGAGGCAUCCUGAUAUAAGUCUUCGGUCUCCAGAAACAUGCAGCUUGUCAAGAGCUACUUCUUUCAACAAAAUGAAUGUGAAUUUGUUUUUUGACAACCUUGAAAAAGUGUACAAAGCACACUCUGAAUUUGCUGAUGGAACUAGAGUGUUCAACCUCGAUGAAACAGCUACAUCUACUGUCCAAAAACCGCAGAAAGUCUUGGCUGAAAAAGGGUCGCGGCAAGUAGCAAAAUGCACGAGUGCUGAAAGGGGCACAACUGUUACUACUUGUUGCAUUGUAAGUGCUAGUGGAAACACAGUUCCUCCUGUAAUGGUAUUUCCCAGGGUGCAUUUUAAACAACACAUGAUAAAAGAUGCUCCAGCUGGUACAUUAGGACUUGCCACACCCUCAGGGUGGAUGAAUUCAGAGCUUUUCAUUGAAGUCAUGAAGCAUUUCGUUCGCCAUACGAACAGCUCUAAAGAUUCUCCUACAUUACUUUUAUUUGAUAAUCAUGAGAGUCACUUGUCUCUUGAAGUGAUAAAUAUUGCCAGGGACAAUGGGGUAACAAUUGUAACCUUCCCUCCCCAUUGUUCCCACAGGUUACAACCUCUGGAUGUUGCUGUAUACAAAGCAUUCAAGUCGUUCUACAAUGCAGCGGUUGAUACCUGGAUGAUGCAACACCCUGGUAACACACUGACACUAUAUGACAUAGCUGGCAUCGUGAAAAUCGCUCACGAAAGAGGCUUGACACCAGGAAACAUUAUGUCAGGUUUCCGAAAAUCAGGAAUUUACCCUUUUGAUCGACAUAUCUUCACAGACAAAGACUUCCUCUGCAGUUUUGUCAGUGACAGAGCACCACCUGAACAGAAACAACAUGAGCAAACUCUACCAACAACUUCUCUGCAUUCUACAGAAAUGGACUCAUCAGCAUCCCUUCAGUCUACAGAAAUGGUUGAGCUUUCAAUGAAUGAAGCUGCAGAUAAUUCAGUUGUUUCUGAAGCUGAAAAAGAGGAACUUGCAUGUAAUUCUUCUGAGCAAAGAAUCACACCUAACAAAAAUGCCUAUUGGACAACUUACAAAAGCCCAGAGUUGUUCAAGGGUUAUCCGAAAGCUGGCAACCGGAAACGAAAAUGUAAUUAA